AUAGCUAUGGCGGUGAUUUCGGAAAAACGUUUAUUUGACAAGUUCUAACUUAAAAUGCUCGUUUUGGAAUAGAAAGCUGUUUUCGAAGGAAGACUUAACAUGUCGAGACUUUGGCAGCAUCCGUAUGUCAAUGUCUUCAAACAUCUUAAUGUCUCGGAAUGGAAGAAAUCAACAAAAGAAGGAGAAGUUGUCUCCAUCAUGGACAAGACACUCAAGAGCACCGUGUUUCGAAUCUCCGGUUCCAUUCCCGCCGGGAACUACAUCCAGCUCCCUCGGACGUCAACACAGUCCCUUGGGCUCACCGGUCGCUAUCUCUACCUCUUGAUGAAACCCAUCCCAUCCAAAUACUUUGUAAUUCACCUGGACGUCGCUACGGAGGAAGGUCUGAUCGUUAGGAUCUCCUUCUCGAACCUCUUCAGGGAAUUCAAGUCCACGUCCACUUGGCUGCAAUUCCCGUUCGUCUGUCAUCCAGGGAAGGGCUCCGUGGAAGGGGUGACCAGGAAGACUGCAAGGCAGGAUAUCCAAGGCCCCGCCCCACAAUCUUCAAGAUGGACUAUCCUCCUGCUAGACUUCCAGUACAUCCUCUCCAUGUACCUCAAUCGUAGAUACUCCCAUCUCAAGUCAGUCCGUCUUUGCGCAAACAUCUUCAUUAAAAACCUCUUCACCAGCGACAUGCAGUAUGAGGUGGGGAUCAGCCUCCAGCAGGCCAGAGAGGCGGGGCUCAUUGCCAAGGGCGUGGCGCCGUUGCCGAGGGACAUGGCUUUCCCUGUACCCAAGGGCGGGCACUGGCACGAUUUGUAUGACUACAUUAGAUUCCCUACAGCAGCUAGUCGGGUCCCAUUUGACUCAAUUCAGGUACAUAGCCCUGUACAGAGCAAAGGAGGUCAGGAACUAGGCAAGAUGAGUCCAGAGAGAGUUGCUCCCAAGACGGUCUAUGGCAGUCGUGAUGUCAAGUCAAGGCUAACUGAUAUCAGCAAAAUAACAAACCCAAAGAAGCAUGGUAAGAGACAAUCCAAAAUGCAGAGUAAAAAGCUACCAGAGGUCGGUCUGGACCACGAUGUCUCUGUCUUACAAGGUGCUUUGGGCGAGGUCCACCUCUUCGCUCGGGACGAGGACGAUGUGACAAUACAUCGUCAUGACAGCCGUACAGGAAUGACAAUGUCAAGUAAGGUUGGAACGGCAAGAACAUCUGCAGCACUGCCAGACAGUAAGGAGCCCAAGUACAAGAGCUUGAAGCCAGAUCCGAUCUUGUCCCUGAGGAGAAUUAUUGGUUUUGGAGGAUGUACAACGAGAGAGGCUUUAUGGACAGCUAACGGUACUCAUAUCGUCUACCCAUGUCAUGCUGUCAUUGUCUCCAUGGAGGUCAAGUCAGGUCACCAGCGAUUCCUAAUUGGUCAUACGGACAAGGUUUCAAGUUUAAGCUUCAACCGGAACACAACACUCCUGGCCUCAGCUCAGACCGGCAAGCAGUCUGUGGUCAGAGUCUGGAAGUAUCAGAAAGGAGAGUGUCUGGCCAUGUUCAGGACACACGCCCAGUCUGUCUUCUGUCUCAGUUUCUCCAUCAAUGGAUCUGUACUGUGUGGUGUUGGCAAAGACGGCCAUGGCAAAAAUAUGGUGGUAGCCUGGGAUACAUCCAGAGUUGGGAAGGGAGGAGACAUCUCAGUCCUCGCUAAAGCCCACACAGACGUUGACAUUGUCCAGAUGAGAGUGGCGCCAUUUGAUGAAAACAAAAUGGUGUCUUGUGGUAGAGACAACGUGCGCGUCUGGAGAGUUAGAAAUAACACCCUGCGCUCAGCUCCAGUCAACAUUGGGGACUUCCAUGUGGCGGAGUUCACUGAUAUCUGCUUUGAAGCUACUCAGCCUGGAUUAGAACCAGCUGAUAAGUUUGUUUAUGCAUGUACGAGGUCUGGCCACAUCUUUGAGAUCGACUACAAUCGUGUGUCUGUCGUCCGCAUCAGACGGCUCUUGCCAACAGGCAAAGAGGUCAAGGAGAAGGAAUCCAUGCAGUCAGGUUCAGGUAUAGCCAUCAAUGCAAUGUGUGUCAAUGAAUCCUUCUGUGUGACGGGAUCAGACGAUGGAUUCCUACGUCUUUGGCCGUUGGAUUUUAAAAAUGUUUUCCUUGAGGCAGAGCAUGAGGGUCCAGUGACUGCCGUCGGCAUCACGGCAGACGGUCUCCGCAUCCUUGCAGGGACGACCACCGGCAACCUAGGCAUGUUGGACAUAUCCACAAGGAACUACACCACCCUGAUGCGGUCUCACACAAGUAACGUCCUGUCAGUGUCCCUGGACCCGACAAGACGACAACUGGCCAAUGUCUCCCUCGAUCACACCAUCAGGAUAUGGCAUAUGGAUACCUUACAGCAGUUGUACGACUUCAACUCCCCUAAGGAGUGUCCGUGCGUCAUCACCUUCCAUCCCUCCCUGCAGUGCUUCGCUUGUGGUUUUGAAAACGGCUGCGUCAGAGUCUUCAGCAUCGCCAACACCAGCCUCCUGGCAGAAAUGAGGCAGCACAAAGGUCAAAUUACCGGGGUUGUCUACACCCCUAACAGUCACUAUCUCCUUACAUCCUCAUCCAUUGGCUCCCUGGCUCUCUAUGACGCCUCACAGGAAUCUUACCCAUUGAUGCGGUUACUAGGUAACAUGGUCGCUAAGGGAGACCGCUACGGACCCAGAGCCCUGGCUAUGAGUGAGGACGGGAAACAGGUUGCGUUUGUCGGGCCGUCAGAGUUUACCGUGAUGGUCGUCGAUGCUAGAUCACUUGACGAGGUGAUGAGAAUUGACAUAACAUCUAUUGUCUCUGAGAUGGAGUCACCUAUGAUCGACACUGCAUCGUCAGUCUGCUACGCUCCACAGCGAGCCAAACAGCUCCUUGUCUCCACGUCCAACUCCCAUCUUCUCAGGCUGGACGCACGCAAUGGCCGACUCAUCAACAAGGUGUCCAACAUGCACAGAUCUGGAGUAACCAGCAUGGAGGUGUGUUCAGAUGGUCGCCACCUGGCCUCGGCCGGAGAUAAAAUCAUCAAAAUAUGGGACUACCACAUGAGGCUCGAUAUCAACUUUCAGGUGUUUAUCGGCCAUUCCGAGAAGAUCCAACAGGUGACAUUCUCUCCUGACAAUCUGGGGAUGAUUAGCGUAGGGGAAGCUGUCUUCAUGUGGGACUUCUACGGAGCCAAGAGAGAUCAACCACCGCUAGGCACAACCCUCGAGACAGAACAUUUCCUGAGUCGCUCGGACUUAUCACCCGUCAAACCCUGCAAAAGUCCUGUAAGAAGAAACCUGGACUUGACAGGAAGUUUACGACCCCGGAGCCAAGCACCUCUGCCCACCUCCCCGACCAGGCUAGUGGACGACACGUCGACAAAGGAGAAGGAAGAGUCGGAUGAAGAUGAGGCGGGCAUCUCGUUGCUAGGCGGGGUUACAGCAGCAACUGUUGCUUGGGAUGAGGAGGUCCUGAUUGGUCCAGAGUUGGAGAGUCGGUCAAGCAUGGAGGAAUCAAGCAUCACUGAAACUGAUAAACCUCCUCCUGCAGAGUGUCUUGGAUUCAGCCCACGUAUCCGCCAGCAUCGACGACCUGACCUGUCGACAGAGGUGGAUUCCUCUGCCCUACCUCUACCCGUCCUCAAACCAUUCACUGACAAGACCUUACAGUUCAAGCCAAGUUGCUAUCGUCACUUUGUAGCCAGGGAUAACCAGACUCAAAUGGCACAAAGGCGGUACAUAGCACCUCCCAACCAGGCCGGCCUGAAACUCAAAUCAGUACUGGGAUACAACGGCAACGGCAGAGGCAAUCUAGUCUGGCACCCUGACACUGGGUUGUUUGCUUAUACCAGUGGUUGUGUAAUCGUCAUUGAGGAUCUGAACACGGGGAACCAGAGACAUCUGAUGGGCCAUGUGGAAGAGAUCUCCACCCUGACCUUCCAGCAUGACUGCCAGGUACUGGCCUCUGCCUCUGGCUCUCAUGGCCUGACCACCAGUCAGAUCUGUCUAUGGGACGUCCAGGCAGCGCUGUGCACCAAGGUACUGUCCUACCAUGAGCAUGACAUCGUCUGCUUGGCAUACUCCAGGGACGACAGAUUCUUGGUCUCUGUUGGUGACUACCGUGACUGUACCCUCGUCGUCUGGAGCACCCACGACUACUCCCUCCUAGCAGCCUCUAAGUCAGCACAGCCCAUCCAUGACCUGUCCUGGGACCCGUACACCACUAAUGAGUUCUCUUCAGUGGGCGAGACGGGCACCUUACUCUUCUGGAUGCUGGAUGAGACUCAGGGGAGGUUUAGUCUCAACGUCCACGAGGCUGAUGUACCUCAGGAUUUGAUGGACUCCAAGCACAUG